UUGCAGUUAUCCAAAGUGCUAUUUACUCCUUUUAAGGUUUUUUGGCCUAUUAAAGCAGCUCUUUGCAUCAGUGUUUAUUAUGGUAAGAGGACUGCGGGGUCUGCAGUCUGUCAGAUUUCUUCAAUCUUAGAUCAACAUUUGUCACGGCAGCGCGCAGAGGUGCGCUGGUCCCGGCCAUCUGCAGUCUGUCGCGGGGCAGCUGGGGUGAGUCAGGCUGCAGCGUGGUGUGCUGCGCCAGGAGCGUGUGAGAUGAGCUUUGGGUUCCAUCGGAGCCCUGCCUGCUUCUCUCUGAGCAAAUCUCCCCCACAGCAGACGGGUGUUACGUUCUCAGAGUAGCUGAUGAAGUUAUUGCCAUUUGGAAGCAUCCUGGAGCGCCAUGCAAGCGACGAGAAAACUGAAAGAAAAACCACCCUGACCUGUAACUUCUGUAAUAACCUGCUGUGAUAUGCCUUUGUCAUGAGCUGCAGUAUUACCAGUUUGAGUAACAGUAAUGAAUUAUAAUGGUUAUGGUGGGCUUUCAAAUCUCAAAAUUGUUGGCAGUUUGCAGUCCUUUGACAUUGAAACAUUACUUCAUAGGUUCUGUUUGCUCUGGGCCCUCUUCUUGUGGCCGCAGAUUUUUCGUUUUCCCUUACAGUGAGCGUCAACCCAGUUAAAUACAAUUCUCAUAGAGCUAUGGUUUCCUGUAACUUCAGACCUGCUGACACUGGUUGCCCUGCUUCUGGUGUUAACUUUCUAAAACAUUGUAGCCACAUAGAGUUGAGCUAGGAGCUAUGUUUUGUGAGGAACACGCUUUCUCCAUAUGCCAGUGCUAGGUUGUGCUGUGACAGUGCUGCGGUGCAGGGGUGGUGUGGGGCAGGAGGCGGCAGGCUGCUCUCUGCAGGGGGAGGUCUGAGCAUCAGGCAGCGCUCUGCUGGGCCUCCAGCAGGUCAGCAGCCCCAUAAGCUUAGCAGCAAUGUAUGUUAAAUUAUAAUUCUACAUACUUGAUACUUAUCCAGGGCAAUAAUUAGCGGUGGAAAAAUCAGCCCAUUGUUCAGAAAUGCCUGUAGGCAGGGGGCUGUCUUCCAUUUUAACCUCUUCUUCGAAUGAGAGCAGAAGUGGUGGAGUUGAGGUUCAUCAUACAGGCUUGGACUUUUUUUUUCCAACGCGCAGUAAACAAUAGAUGCACAGACAGAUCAGUCCGUCGCACCGUUUUUGUGAAGGGAAGAAAAACUUGAAUUUUGAGCACCCUUAAACACAAAUUGUGGCUUAAAUCUGACUUGAUCUCCAGUGUAGAAGUACAAGAAGCCGUUCUGUUGUCUUCCCACAGGAAGCAGUCCUGCAGCUCUCAGCUCUUCUUGGUGCUCAGGGAAAGUUGUGGCUACUUUCUUCUGGCUUCUAGAGUCUUUUCUUGAAAGAAGUGGUUGCAUUCAAUCUUAGAGUAUUCAUUAUUGUGAUUGACUUCCUUGUUUACCAAGAAAGAAGCUUUGAGGCCUGGAUUUCUUUUGGACUUCUUGAUGUAGUUGUUGGUGUGAGUACACGCGUGUUUCUGGAGAGGAGGAAAGGUGAAAACCGCACCAAAAUUGCCAAGCGUGCGGCAAAGGGAUCUGUUCGGUGAGGCUGAGGAGGGGGAUGUGGUUCUCGCUGCGCUUUGCUCUGGGGUGCUGUUAACUUCAGCUUUGCUGAUAUCUUCCCCAGCACAACCCUCUUCACCCAUGUGGAUAUUCAUUCCAGCGGGCCUGUGGAGGUCUUUUUGGUAUGCACAAACCUUGGAUCAGUCUGAGGUCCUGUCAGAGAAAAUCCCUACCUGCGAUCCAUAACAUGGUGGCAGUGCUGGAAGUGAUCUCCAGCCUGGAGAAAUACCCCAUUACCAAAGAGGCACUCGAGGAAACAAGGCUUGGGAGGCUUAUCAAUGAGGUGAGGAAGAAGACAUCCAAUGAGGAACUUGCCAAACGUGCCAAGAAAUUGUUACGGAAUUGGCAAAAGUUGAUAGAACCCGUAACCCCGAAUGAGCCAGUGCCAAGAGGGCUGCCGAAUCCGCCUGGAUCAGCAAAUGGUGGAGCUCACAACUGCAAACCAGAAGCGCCCCUUCCUGCCGUGGCUGGGUCAAAACCCAUCAGUGAAUUAAAGAGCAGGAACGAUAUACAGAAACUAAAUUCUCCAAAACCAGAGAAAUUGGGAAAUCGGAAAAGGAAGGGUGAACAUAGGGAUGGGCAUCAGGGCCCUCCUCCCCCAAAAGUCUCCAAAGUUAGUCACGAAAUAUUACAAAACUCUUCACCCCCUCCAACAAACGGAAUUGGAGGUAGUCCUGAGAAUUUUCCUAGUCCUGUAGAUGUAAAUUUACACGCAGGGCCCGAAAGCAGCAGGACAGAACUUAGUGAAAAUGAUAAACACAAUAAGAUCCCAGUAAAUGCUGUAAAACCUCACACCAGUUCUCCAGGACUCGUAAAACCUUCAAGCACUUCCUCGUUAUUAAAGACUGCAGUGCUUCAGCAGCAUGAUAAAUCGGAAGAAACCACCGGGUCGCACCAACCCAAGAGUCCUCGCUGCUCCUCGUUCAGCCCUAGAAACGUUAGGCACGAUACUUUUGCUCGGCAGCAUACCACGUACUCACCAAAGGAUUCAAUGCCCAGUCCAUCUCAAAGGUCUCAGUUCUUAGAUACUGCACAGUUGCCAUCGCCACCACCAUCCUUGAUGCAACCAUCAACACCUCCGAUGCCAGCGAAAAGACUGGAGUUCUCUCAGCAAUCAGUAUCCGAGGCGUCUCAGCACUGGCAGGAGCAGCAGGUACCUCCUGACAGCCAGCACAGGCACACAGCAGGGACGCUUCCACAGCACACAUCUCCCAGUUGCAAAACCAGCUCCCACUCGGGGGAAUCUCUCGUGUCGCACAUUGGCUUUUCGCAGGACGCUUCAAAAAUGGACAGUGACGAUGCUGCUUCAGGUUCAGAUAGCAAAAAGAAGAAAAGGUACCGACCUAGAGACUAUACAGUCAACUUGGAUGGGCACGUAACGGAAGGGGGUGUGAAACCUGUGAGAUUAAAAGAGAGAAAGCUCACUUUUGAUCCCAUGACAGGACAGAUAAAACCUUUAACACCGAAAGAUCCUUUGCAGGUAGAAAUCCCUGCACUUACUGAACAGCACAGGACAGAAACGGAAAAGCAGGAGCAAAAACCCAACCUGCAAAGCCCCUUUGAACAAACGAACUGGAAAGAAUUGUCCAGAAACGAAAUAAUUCAGUCAUAUUUAAACAGACAGAGUAGCUUGCUGUCUUCAUCAGGAGUACAGACUCCAGGAGCUCACUACUUUAUGUCUGAAUAUUUAAAGCAGGAGGAAAGCACUAGAAAAGAGGCUAGAAAGACUCACGUUCUAGCUCCUAACAGCAAACCUACAGACUUGCCUGGGGUCACAAGGGAGGUCACAAGUGAUGAUCUCAACAGAAUACGUGAACAUAACUGGCCAGGCGUGAACGGUUGUUAUGAUACACAGGGUAACUGGUAUGAUUGGACACAGUGCAUAUCUUUAGAUCCACACGGGGAUGAUGGUAGAUUGAACAUCCUGCCUUACGUCUGCCUAGACUGAGUACAGGUUUGCUAAAAUGCUUUUACAUUUGCAGUUAGCAAGAAUGGCAGACACUAUGCCACUUAAAGAUGGAGAAAGCCUCCUGUCCUGGACAAAUAGGGCCAACGAGCAGAGGGUAAGAGGGAGCUGGUUAUUUACAGCUCUUUCCUUUAAAUUCUCCUUUUGUGAAAUGCUGCUACCAGUUUACUAACAAUUGCAAAGGAAGGCAUACGAAGGUUGAUAAAACUGAGUUCAAAACUCUAUAGCGAGCCAGCUAUAAAAAAAGUGUUAGUCCCCAAGAAGCGACGAUGAUUUCCAGCACUUUCUGAAUGCCGGAAUCUUACUACAGGCAGGUACAGAGAAAAUUGUGGAAGUUACCUUAACAAAAUAUGCAUCUAUUUAUUUGACUUGAUUUGGAUUUUUAUUUGGCAGUGAGAUAUUCAAGAGACGAUGUGCAAAAACUGUAGUUUUAUUUGUAUCGCAUCUCUGAACAUGAUUGUGUUUUUAAAGUCAUGUGGUACGGAGAUUGGGUUUUAACAGCAGGUGUUGCACUGCAGGCUGGGAGACCAGCUUCAGCUCAACAUUCCAUGGGCAUCCACAUAUUUUAGUCUGGUUUCAGUUUAAAUCCAGUCUCUGAGAAAUGCUGCAAAAACUAGAUGUUUAACGACAUUUUUGAUCCCACCACCACCAGCCAAAUAUUUUUCCUCCUUUUCCCUUCCUGCAAACUUCUAGGAAAAAGAAAAAAAAAAAAAAAAGAAAAUCACCUUUUCUAGAAUCUAAAUGUAACGAGGGUGCUACAAGUUCGUAACUGUACUGUGAGAGGGAAAAAGGAAGCCUGUUUGUAUGCUGGAAAUAUACUUGUUACCAUUCCUUUAGAUAUUGUUUGCCUUAUGGAUAUCCAUCAUAAACGCAAUUUGCAAAAACAAAGAGCCUUAGUGAAUGUACAGUAACUAGACUUCUGUGUUCCUGGGAUGCAGAAGGGAGCAACUUUGCUAUUUGGUCCUUUAAGUGGACACAUUGUGAUAUAAAUGUGGAAAUAAAAAAAAUUUGCACAAAGCAGUUUGUGAAUUAUUUAUACUGAACUAAUUUAUUUUUUAAAAUGUGCUCAGUUCAGACAAACUAACAGAAGCCGUGGGAGCAGUGCGGUGAGGCGAGUCCCGGCGGGCAGUGUCAGACGCAGCUGGCUCUUAGGGAUGCACGAGAUGUCUUCCAAGUGUGUUGGUGGCACUCAGUCACACAGGUUGGAUUUUUCUUUUUAACUCUGGUUGCAUCCAGGGUUGAGAGACUGAUGA